AUGGACAUGAAAAUCUCCUCCUUGUUCAGGGUUGCCAAUGAUGUCGUGCUGGUCACCGGCGGGGCAACAGGGCUGGGCGAAAUGGCCGCACAGGCCUUUGUCCAAAACGGGGCCAGAGUCAUCAUCGCCAGUCGCAAGGAAGAAGCAUUGAAGCAGACCACUGAUCGCCUCAACGCCUUGGGUCCGGGUACCUGCGAGUAUCAGGUGGCCAACCUAAAGGACAAGGCAGGGUGCGAAGCGCUGGUCAGAAAGAUAAACGCAACAACCGACCGACUGAGCGUUCUGGUCAACAACACGGGCGUUAGUUGGGGAGCUCCAUACGAGGAUUUCCCCGAGCAUGGAUGGGACAAAGUCAUGGCGCUGAAUGUCAAAGCUGUCUUUUACAUGAGCGCCAUGAUUCAUUCUCUUCUGCAAAGAACGGCCACGAUGGAAUCGCCCUCGAGGAUUAUCAAUAUCGCGUCUGUUGCUGGGCUUCAGACACUUGAUGUGACUGCUGGUGACGAGGGAGGGGUUGCUGCGCCGGGACACGGCUCAUUUAGCUAUGGCGCCUCCAAGGCUGCGUGCAUCCACCUAUCCAAAAUCCUCGCCUCCAAACUUGCACCAUCGCACAUCACCGUCAACUGCAUUUGCCCCGGGCUAUUCCCUUCCAGGAUGACACAGUUUGGCAUCAGCAACUAUCACAAUACUCUUCUCAGCCGCCAGCCGACGGGGAGAAUUGGGAAGCCCUCCGACCUGGCCGGUCUCGUUCUUUUCCUCAGCAGCAGUGCCUCGGCACAUUUGACUGGUAAUGUGCUUGUUCUCGAUGGUGGCAGCACAGUGAGCGGAUGGGGGAUUGAGAAACCGGUCCUGCAAAAGAUAUGA